AUGGAAUGGGUCUUCGGAACAAACUUCCAAGAUAGAUUAAGCAAAUUCGUCCUCUGGCUGCUUUUAGAAAUUCUGCAAGUUUUCACACCCGUUUUAGAAAUCAGCCCUCUCACAGAUCCAGAUAGCUGCAAACUGAGGAAUGAAAAAGUGCAGUUCCUCUGUGUGCCCUCCCCUUCCUUCUGCAGCGCUCCUGGUCUCACGUCUGCUUGUCUGUCCGGCAAGGCAGUAGACAAUGGUGGCUUUGACUGUGCAUUGCACCUUGAAGAUAGAUGUGGUGAGGAGGAGGAGGAGCAGUGCUCUAGAGAAUUGUGUGGAGGAAUGCUGUUCCUUGGGGGAAGUGAGCUGGUAUUAGAAGGUGAUGGAUGUGGACACACCGUUCUGGGCCCUGAAAGUGGAACUCUUGCUUCGAUAAACUACCCACAGACCUCUCCCAAUAGCACAGUUUGUGAAUGGGAAAUCCGUGUGAAGCCUGGGCAGCGAGUUCAGCUCAAAUUUGGCGAUUUCGAUAUUGAUGACUCAGAUUCUUGUCAUUCCAGUUACUUAAGAGUUCACAAUGGGAUUGGCCCCACCAGGACAGAAAUAGGAAAAUACUGUGGGUUUGGCUUUCAAAUGGAUGGUUUAAUUACUUCAAAAAGUAAUGAAAUCACAGUACAGUUUAUGAGUGGAAUACACACUGCUGGACGUGGAUUCCUUGCAGCUUAUUCAACCACUGACAAAUCAGACCUAAUUACCUGUUUAGACAAUGCAAGUCACUUUUCUGAACCAGAAUUCAAUAAGUAUUGUCCAGCUGGAUGUGUGAUUCCUUUUGCUGACGUUUCAGGCACUAUUCCCCAUGGAUACAGAGACUCAUCAUCACUUUGUAUGGCUGGUGUUCACGCAGGCGUUGUGUCAAAUACGCUGGGUGGCCAAAUCAAUGUUGUAAUCAGCAAGGGCAUCCCAUACUAUGAAGGCUCCCUGGCUAACAACGUCACCUCAAAAGUGGGACCGUUAUCUACAAGUCUCUUCACAUUUAAGACGAGCGGUUGCUAUGGGACACUGGGGAUGGAAUCUGGGGUAAUCCCUGAUUCCCAGGUCACGGCAUCAUCUAUUCUGGAGUGGUCUGACCAAACAGGACAAGUGAACAUUUGGAAACCUGAAAAUGCCAGACUAAAAAGGGUUGGUCCUCCUUGGGCUGCUUUUAUCAGUGAUGAACAUCAGUGGCUGCAGAUUGACUUGAACAAAGAAAAGAGAAUAACAGGUAUUAUAACUACUGGAUCAACCUUAGCAGAGUACUACUAUUACGUCUCCGCCUACAGAAUUUUAUACAGUGAUGAUGCACAGAAAUGGACAGCGUACAGAGAACCUGGCAUGGAUAAAGAUAAGAUAUUCCAAGGGAACACUGAAUUGCACCAGGAAGUUCGCAAUAAUUUCAUUCCACCUAUUAUUGCACGCUUUUUUAGGAUUAACCCCUUAAAAUGGCACCAGAAAAUUGCAAUGAAAGUAGAACUGCUAGGAUGUCAGUUUAGUAUAGGCCGUGCUCCUAAAAUCACCGUGCCACCACCACCUCAGAACAAGAAUGAUGACAAGAGUGAUGACUUCAGCGAUGACUUCAUUCAUUCAGUGAAGACUUCGUUGCAGACAGAUAAAACAACUUUCACACCGGAAAUAAAAAACACCACAGUGACUCCAAGCGUAACCAAAGAUGUGGCAUUGGCAGCAGUUCUGGUUCCGGUGCUGGUGAUGGUCUUCACUACUCUGAUUCUUAUCUUAGUUUGUGCGUGGCAUUGGAGAAACCGCAAGAAAAAAACUGAGGGCACGUAUGAUCUACCUUACUGGGAUCGUGCAGGAUGGUGGAAAGGAAUGAAGCAGUUUCUCCCGUCCAAAUCAGCAGAACAUGAAGAAACUCCCGUACGCUACAGCAGCAGUGAAAUUAGUCACCUAAGACCAAGAGAAGUCCCAACAAUGCUGCAAACGGAGUCUGCAGAGUAUGCUCAGCCACUGGUAGGGGGAAUUGUCGGCACGCUUCAUCAGAGGUCAACCUUUAAGCCGGAGGAAGGGAAAGAAGCAAGUUACGCCGAUUUGGACCCUUACAAUUCACCUAUACAAGAAGUUUACCAUGCUUAUGCUGAACCACUACCUAUAACUGGACCAGAAUAUGCAACUCCAAUAAUCAUGGACAUGUCCAGCCAUCCCAGCACUCCUCUGGGUGUUCCUUCCAUUUCCACCUUCAAAGCUGCAGGGAAUCAAGCUCCUCCACUGGUUGGAACUUACAAUAAACUCUUAUCGAGGACAGACAGCACCUCAUCAGCACAGGCGCUGUACGAUACACCAAAGGGGCAGCCGGGGCCAGGUGCUGCCGACGAAUUGGUGUACCAGGUACCGCAGAGCAUGGCCCAUUCCGCUGGGAGUAAGGAUGAACUAAGUUAGCUGACGAGUACAGUAGAACGAUGGCUUGUUUUUAAAAGCCAGUUCCAUAAAGCUGACAGUUUCAUUUUUUAAUUGCAUCGUUUUGAUAUUGUUAGUCUUAAAUAAUAUGAUGUUGAACCAAAAGAUGUGGUAUUGGAGGUCUGGGAAACCAGGAAUUCUGCCUUUCCUUAAGCUG